GGAAAGGAAGAAGGAAAUUAAAUUAGGAACGGAUUUAGGAAAGGAAGAAAGGAGCUAGGAAAGGAGGAAGAGGAGGAGAGGAAUGGGAGCUAGGAAAUGAGAAUGGGAAUCUAUGAAAGAAGAGGAGGAAAGACAAGGAACCUAGCAAAUGAAGUUAGAAAAGUGCGAAAAGAAAGAAGGCUAGGAAAGGAGGAAAUUAAACGGAGCUAGGAAAAUCAGGAAAAGAAAGGGAACGAGGAAAGGAAUCAAGGAAAGAAAAGGAGUUCACAUGUAUGCGGUAGGGAUUAUCACGGCCAGUAGAGAGGAAAGGAAUAUAGGAAAGGAAAUGGGGCAAGGAAAGUAAUCUAGGAAAUAAAAUAAAUUCACGUGUAUGUGGUAGAGAUUAACCACUGCCCGUAGAUAGUAUUGGUUUUAGUGACAGGCUAGUUUUAGUCACAGGCUAUGCUUCGAGGCUGCAGCUGGAUGCAUCUCAAAAAAGUAUCCCUGAUAGUUCCAUGCCGCAAAAACGUGAGGAAAGGCCUACUGCGUCAACCAAUUGGAUUUCUAGGUCGCUUCUUUAUUGCUUGUUGGGGCGUGUUGCUUGGAGCAUAUAACUUUGUAACUAGACAGUAAAGUCACUGUGCUUGGAAACAGACAUCACAUUUAUUCAUUUAUAUUUCUAUAUCACGUGUUGUUCUGGAACAUUGGCCAUGCGCAGUAGCUAGAACAGUUAUGCAACUGUCUUGUUCUUGCAUUGGUAGAACUAACUGUACACCACAAAACCCCGACUGUUUGAUUCACACUUGGAGAGAGCACCGGUGGAAUUAAACGGUCCUGUCAACGGUAAUGACAUAAGAGACACAUCCUUGACAGCACAUUACAGGCCCUGUUUUUGAACAUGACCAAAAACUCCAUCCACUGGUUCCGGAAGGGACUGCGUCUCCAUGACAACCCGGCCCUGCUGGAGGCUGUGCGUGAUUCAGACACGGUGCGCUGUGUAUACUUCCUAGACCCCUGGUUCGCUGGCUCCUCCAACCUGGGGGUCAACCGGUGGAGGUUCCUGCUGCAGUGUCUGGAAGAUCUAGACGCAAGCCUUCGGAAGCUCAACUCCCGUCUGUUUGUGAUCCGAGGCCAGCCGGCCAACAUCUUCCCCCGACUCUUUAAGGACUGGAACACCUCCCAGCUGACGUUUGAGUGUGACUCUGAGCCGUUCGGUAAGGAGCGGGAUGCAGCCAUUAAGAAACUGGCCACAGAGGCCGGAGUGGAGGUCAUCAGCAGGAUCUCACACACUCUCUACGACCUGGACAAGAUCAUAGAGCUGAACGGGGGUCAUCCUCCUCUCACCUUCAAGCAUUUCCAGACAUUGGUUGGCUCCAUGCUGCCCCCCAAUGCCCCAGUAGGGGCUCUGUCCCGGGCCAGCAUGGGUCGAUGUGUCACCCCUGUCUCAGACAACCACAGGGACAAGUACGGAGUACCCCUAUUGGAGGAGCUGGGCUUUGAUACAGAGGGCUUAGCCCCAGCCGUGUGGCCAGGAGGAGAGAGUGAAGCUCUCACCAGGAUAGAGAGACAAUUGGGACCUGACCUCUCCACUGCGUGGCAGGUGAAUUUUGAGAGUACCAGGAAGACCGCCAGCCCCCUGCUGCCCAGUCCUCUAGGUCUCAGCCCCUACCUCCGCUUUGGAUGUCUGUCCUGUCGACUUUUCUACAGCAAACUGGCAGAGCUCUACAAGAAGGUGAAGACGAACGGCAGUCCCCCCAUCUCUCUCUACGACAAGCUGCUGUGGCGUGAGUUCUUCUACAUGGCCGCCACCAACAACCCCCGCUUCGACAAAAUGGAUGGGAACCCUAUCUGUAUCCGCAUCCCCUGGGACCGCAACGCUGAGGCGCUGGCCAAGUGGGCCGAAGCCAAGACUGGCUUCCCCUGGAUCGACGCCAUCAUGACUCAGCUGAGGCAGGAAGGCUGGAUCCACCACCUGGCCAGACACGCUGUGGCCUGCUUCCUGACCAGAGGAGACCUGUGGAUCAGCUGGGAGGAGGGCAUGAAGGUGUUUGAGGAGCUGCUCCUGGAUGCAGACUGGAGUGUGAACGCAGGCAGCUGGUUGUGUCACUCCUGCAGUUCCUUCUUCCAGCAGUUCUUCCACUGCUACUGUCCCGUGGGCUUUGGACGAAAAAUAGAUCCCGAAGGAGACUUCGUUAGACACUACCUACCUGUCCUGAAAGACAUGCCAGACAAGUACAUCUACGACCCUUGGAACGCCCCCAUAGAGGUGCAGCGGGCGGCCAAAUGUGUGGUCGGGGUGGACUACCCCAAACCCAUGGUGAACCAUGCAGAGGCCAGCCGACUCAACAUAGAGAGGAUGAGACAAAUGUACCAGCAGCUGUCCAGAUACAGAGGACUCAGCUUACUAGCAGCUGUGCCGACCAGUCCCAUUGAGGAUCUGAAUGCGGUGGCAUCGCCCUCUACUGGUAGAAAACACAGCGGGCUCAACAGCCAUCAUGGCCGUAGUAGAGUAAAUGUGAACGGUGAGGAGCUGCUGGGACUCAGUGGAGUGAGGCCACGACCUGGACCAACAUGCACUCAGAGCUGUGGAAUGGCGCACGCAGAGCAGGCAGGAUCGUCCAAUCAGCAACUCUGUCGGACAAGAUGUGCCCAUGAGUUUGCUGUGCCUCACUAUCCAGGUCAUUUGGCACGGGGCGGGACUGGGAAGAGGGGGCGGGAGUCGGAACAGGAAGCGGGCAGCGACUUUCCGGCCCCUGCCUUCAAGGUGCAGCGACACCACCAACAUAAGAGUACGGGUCGACAGGAUGAGAGGAUGGCUGUGUCUUCAUAAGCUGCUGCCGUCAUAGAUAGAUAUUAUUUUGUAUGAUAUAUACUGUACAGAGAUGUUUAAAGACACAUUUUAAUUUUUUGUAUAAAAAGGGAAAAUUCUCUAUGCGAUGUCACAUGAAAGUCCCUGAGACAUCUUAGGUUUGAGAGUUGCGAACUCAAAGAUGUACUAUUUCAAUUAGGCAAAAGGGUCAAUCAGUUUGGGUUUUUCGUAAUCUAAUCUUGAGCGCUUAUAAUGACCCUAAAUACCCCACCUGGGUUGAAUAUGAGAUAGUCUAUAAUAUGUUAUGAUGUAAUUUCUGUAAAUAUGUCAGUUAGACUGUGGAUGACAUUUUACCAUACUGUGCCUUACUGUAUGUGUGUGACACAUAGCCAUAUAGCCUGAAGACAAACCAUUUCACUGGAGACCUGAUAUUUAGGUCUGGACUAGCCAUGACCUUUGACCUCUAACCCUGAGGAUCACAGCAGGCUGAUUGGUCAAAUCAAAUCACCUGCUCUCUGUAGGGAAAGUAUAUGUAAUAGCCUCAGCAGUUCAUCAUGUGUUCUUUCACCAUGUUUCUUAUUUUUUCUCAAAUGGAGGGUGAAGAAUGUUAUUCUGGGUAGAGGAUGUGAACUGCCUGGAUGGAAGAUCAGUGUUACUGCUGGUGGUGAACAAGUGGCCUACUGUAUUAGACACCCAGUAGUAAUCUACCAUUGCCUCUGCUGGGGACACUGCCAUUGGGAGUUCUUCCCAGAUUCACUAGCUUCUGAAAGAUGUAUUUAUGGUGACAUUGCUUUAAUACUGUCUUCCAUAGUAUAAUGCACUAACCAUAAGUCACUCUGGAUAAGAGCGUCUGCUAAAUGACCAAAAUGUCAAAUGUAAAGUCAACUUUCAAGCAGAAAGUCAAUCUUCAGUUUCAAAAGCUAGCAGGAAGUCAAUCUAUUUUAUGUUGGCUGCUAUCAUGUAGGUUGUUUUCAUAAAUCUGUUUUUUGUUCUCCCUCUGGGGCUGUACAUUACUGGUUUAAAAAAACAUUAGCUGGAAACUAUUAUUUUAACUGAAAUUAAAUAGUUGAAACACAAGA